AUGAGCUUAGCAGCGAGAACAAAGCAGUGGACUGCCCGGAACUUACAAAAAUUGUGUGCACAGAGGGAUCCGGUACCCAUUUUUGUGCCCGAAUUCUAUCGUGGGUACCUGAAAAAAGGGUGUGUUCACAUUAGUGCCCAGCGAGUACCGUACUUGGGCCGACAGGGCCCGGGCAACAAGUGCAGUGAAAGAAGCAAAAUUGAUCGAUCUUCUGACUUAUUACGUAAUACUUGGCCCGCAUACGCUUUUAAGUUUGAUUAUAAUAAAAAUACUCUGCGUCUUUUUUUCCUUAUUAUUCUCGGUAAUUCAGAACUGGAAACGACUAUUUCACCAUGUUCUUAAUAUUUUCACUUGAGUGUCUUGGUUUCUAUUUUAAUGACUUUUGCUGUUUGCAGGCCACUUAUUACUGAAGAAACCUUAUAGCGACAGGAGUAUCUAG